CAGUCACUUUUUCAGGACACGGAAAGUUGUUCUCUCUCCCCAGGGCUGGAUUUCAUGAUGUUGAGAGGAGUCACUCAUGGUGCGAAAGACACAGUUACUCUUGUGUUGGCCAGAUCUCGGUACUGUAACAUGGGAUUGAAUUUUUCACCAGUAUGGACUGAAGCACCAAACAGAAGCUUCCUGAUGCAUUCCACUUACACAACUGAUACAAGAUCAAGAGAGGAGAAUAAAAAAACCAUUGAGAGUCUCUAUGGAUUGUCAGUUGACAUCAAGAAAAUACGCAGACUAAAAGAAUGGGUCCUUCUUCAGGAUGUGGCCUAUGUUAAAGAAAUUGCUGGUAUCUUACAAGAAAUGGGAGCCAACGAGGCGGCUGUAGCCAGCAUCUUAGAACGCUGCCCAGAGGCAAUUCUCCAUACCCCUGCAGAGAUAAACUCUCAAAGAGCUCUAUGGCAAUUAGUAUGCCAGAAUGAAAAACAGUUGAUUAAAUUAAUAGAGCAAUUUCCAGAGUCUUUUUUCACUACUCAGUAUCAUGAGAACCAGAAGGCUAAUAUACUCUUUUUUCAAGAGCUGGGACUUAAGAAUAAUAUAAUCACCAGGUUCUUGACAAGUGCACCCAGUAUUUUCUACAAUCCUGUGGAGAAAACCAGAAAUGUGAUAGAAACAUUGCAAAGAAAUUAUUUAAGUUUAGGAGGUUCUGAUGCAAAUAUGAAGAUCUGGAUACUGAAGCUACUGAGCCAAAAUCCAUUUAUUUUAUUAAAUACCUCCAUGACAAUCCAGGAGAACUUGGAAUUUCUCCAGAAGAAUGAUUUCACUGACCAUGAAGUUCUACAGCUGCUGUCUAAACUGAAAGGUUUUAUUUUUCAGCUUACUCCAGCUACUAUGCAGAAGAGUGUGCUUUUUUCCAAAAAUGUCUUUAAGUGCAGCGAUCAAGAACUAAAGGAGCUAGUGCUGAAAUGCCCAGCCCUUCUCUACUAUUCUGUUCCAGUUCUGGAAGAACGACUUGAAGGACUACUAAAGGAAGGAAUUUCUGUCACGCAGAUUAGAGACACACCAACGGUGCUCGAGUUGACAACGCAAAUUGUUCAGUACCGAAUUAAAAAACUUUCUGCUUUGGGAUAUGAUAUAAAGAGUGGAAAUCUGGAAAGCCUGACUGGUACUAAGAAAGAUUUUGAAGUCAAUUAUGGUAAGAUACAAUCAAAGAAGGAGAGACCAAUUUUUAAUCCUGUUGCUCCUCUACACGUUGAAGAUUAA